GCAUCUUCUCUCCCCCGUCCACGUAAUUGCGGUAACUGAACGGUCGACCUUUUCCGAAGCUCGGUCCAAAACAAGUAAACCCGGCAUCGAAAGAAGAAAAAAAACUUACUGUAGUGUCGCACCGAGUAACGGAACAUAUUCGAUCGACCACGCCGGUUUAUCCGAUUUUGAGAACGGUAGAGAGGAGUGAUAAUAAGUAAUUGUGGAAGGAAAUGGCGUCUGUCAAGAAAGACAUGCGACGGCAGGACUUGGUGGUUCCGUAUCAGGAGCCCGGUCCCAAGGCCGGUGACAACGCCGAGUUCUCAUCGACCCUAUCAUCGACCCUGCCCAUGGCCGCCAUCUUCACGCGCAACCGAUACAUCGGCUGGGCGUCGGUCGUCAUCAGCAUCCAGAGCUGGCUCGGCGAAGGCGAAGACGCAAGCAAGAGCGGCAGUGCUACGCCCGGCUAUUUCACCGUUGGCAUGUCCUUAAUGGCCCUCGCCGUAACCUACCUCCCUCUCUUCCUCCCCCAACCACCAGGCCAGAUUCCCACAGGUACCGAAGCCGCAGCUCCUGUUCCUCCUGUCGGCGCAUAAUAUAUAUAGUAUAGCGGAAGUUAGGAUAAUGCGAUAUCAAAACCCCAAAACAUCAUGGCCGAAGAUGCUGUAAUUGUAUGAGUAUAUAACCAGGCGGGCGAGCAAAAGAACAUUCUAAUGAAAUAUAUAAUCACGCCAUGUAGUCAAGUUGAUAAGAGACGAGUAAUGAAAAAGAACUGACGAGCCUCAAAACAUGCUUGGAAACACGUGUCUUGUACAUAAUCCGCACAUAGAACCACAAACACGACCAAUUUAUCAACACCACCACGAAAACAAAAAUACCAAUCUCAUAAAAUUCCAGUUGUCAUUAUAAACAGCCCAGCGCAGCCCGAGCGUAGCCAACCGCCGGCACCUAUGGAUAUCAAGGACUAUCCACCAUAGAACAAGCUACCUAAGCCAAGCAGAACGCGCAAUCUCGUAGAGCAGUAUACUACAACGACGACGACGACAACGACAACGAAGUCAUCCACCCAUCCACCCAUCCAUAGCGGAGAGUACCACGUAAAAAAAGCGUAUAUGCGCGCACCCAACACAAUCUCAAAAAGUCACCGCACCGCACCGAUCCCAGCCCCCAUCCCCCCGAUCCGCCAUCGCCUCCACCAACUCCAUUAGAUGAGAAAAAA